AUGACUGACCUGUUAGCAUUUCCUUUUUGGGUUAGUAUGAUUCACAAAAUUGACAAUCACAUCUUACUCUACGCCAGUUUCGCUACACAAUUUGUUGGUUGCGAACAAAGUGAUGUCAGGAGCGAUGAGUCAUUGACAAGUGUUGUUAAACAGUUUUUCAACGAUGCUCGAUUUUACAAUGAAGAAACUUUGCAAGGUUCUGAGGUCCAUCUUCGAGUUAAAAGAGACAUUAAAGUAGGAACUUUGAUUGGAAUUAUAGCUGGAGGCAUCGUGGCAUUUGUGAUUAUCGUUGCCCUUAUCAUACUAAUCAUUUGUAAGUGCUGCGUCUGCAGCUGCUGCGAAGAUGGCAGCGAUUUUGGUGGUUCAAGGUAUGAAUCUCACAUGCCAGAUGGAGAACUCAAGCAUCCCAUACCUGAUAUGGAUGGAGAAUACGAGCCGCCGGUGAAAACUCCUCUAGAAGCUGAACCUUAUCGCGGGGCCCUUGAAAUGGCCUUGAAUCCCGCUACAUUACAGGAAAAUAAAUUUGAAGCGAUGGCAAGCAAAGAACGUGAGCCAGGAAGAAAAAAAAAUAAGAGGCCAGGGGAAUUUGAAGCGCCACCAACAAACCCAGCAGCUUUCGCCCCGCAAUCAAGACCAGAAUUGCUUCAUCCAAAAGAAGGAGGAGCACUGCAAGUGGCAGAAGGAGAACAACCUCCCCUGAACGGUUUUCAACAGCCACCAUACGCAGAACAGUUGGAUUUACUGAACAGCCAGAUGACUGACGGUCCUCUUAUAACAGCAACAGCAGCAACUGAGAGUGGUGAUCGCCAAUUUCUGCCUCAUUUGAAUAUUGCAGCACCACCAGUAGCAGCACCAACACCAGCAAACAGGUACUAUGGGGGUGGUUAUGACAAUUACAACGAUAACUUUGUCAAUAAGGGGGUACGCCGCACUGGAACGAUGCCGGGAGCACGACCGCUUCCUGGAAUGGCCAACAGCACCGAGUACAAAAACGCGUUUGACAGAAAGCUGCCGCGCUUUUGA